UGAGGGUAGUUUUAACAAAUUCACAGAGCCACUCCGUUCUAUAGCCUACCUAUCCAUGUGACGGCGCACUUUUAGAAUGCGCAACAGGUUUUUCGAGGUAGAUUUAAUAUUGUACAGUCGAUUAAUGUAGGAAAGAAGAAGCAUGCUGUCACCGUUUUGGCCCUUUGGCAUUGACCAAGAGAUCAACUCAUGGGAUGUAGCGGAUGCAGAGUCAGGUUCAACUUUGGAAGGGCGCUGUCCAGAGUGUCAGUGUUCUUUGCCAUGGUCCUGAUCUUCACCUACUUCUUCUACUGCCUCACCGGAUUUUGCGACACGGCUCCGAGAACUUUAUACGCCCAACAAACCCAAAACAGGGACUAUGAUAUCUUGGACGAUAAUCGCCGCAUUCUGGACGACCUGCGACCACCGCCGCGUCUCCGCCUGCACCUUCCCGACGCACCGUCCCUCCGGAACGGCACAGACCCCGCGGACACCGAGCAGGUGAACUUACCUGGACAGAUGCCACACCACAUGUUGGACAGCGCCAAGGAUGGCGCAAAGAGCAACGACAUGCCUGUGUCCAACACAUUCGGAACCAAAAAGUUUCCUCAGGCUAUUAUAAUCGGCGUGAAGAAAGGCGGAACCCGCGCCCUGCUGGAGUUUCUCCGCAUCCAUCCGGACGUGAGAGCGGUCGGUGCGGAGCCGCACUUCUUCGACCGGUUCUAUGAUAAAGGGCUGGAGUGGUACAGGAACUUGAUGCCUCGGACGCUGGACGGCCAAAUCACCAUGGAGAAGACGCCCAGCUACUUUGUCACAAAGGAGGCUCCAGGGCGCGUCUGCACCAUGAACUGCCACACCAAGCUCAUUGUGGUGGUGAGGGACCCUGUGACGCGGGCUGUAUCUGACUACACCCAGACACUGUCCAAAAACCCAGGCCUUCCAUCCUUCCAGAGCCUGGCCUUGAAGAACUCCUCCACUGGUCUGAUCGACACCACGUGGAGCGCUGUGCGCAUCGGCCUCUACGCCAAACAUCUGGAGAACUGGCUUCAGCACUUUCCCUUAUCUCAUUUCCUCUUUGUUAGUGGCGAGCGGCUGGUGUCUGAUCCGGCUGGGGAGAUGGGCCGGGUCCAGGACUUCUUGGGUCUGAAGAGGGUCGUGUCAGACAAGCACUUCUACUUCAACCAGACCAAAGGUUUCCCCUGCCUGAAGAAACCUGAGGGGAGCAGCAGGCCUCGCUGUCUUGGGAAGUCUAAAGGCAGACCUCAUCCCCAGAUCCCCUCUGAGGUCCUCCAGAGACUCAGGGACUUCUACCGGCCCUUUAACCACCAGUUCUACCAGAUGAGUGGACAAGACUUUGGCUGGGAUUAAUGGAGGGCAGGUUCCUCUCAUAGUCCACAUG